UGAUCCGUCUGUCGUCACAGUGUGCGCCACGAGUUGACAACACACAGCAGCACGAGUUUCACCUUGUUGUUGUGACUCAGUUCAGCUGGACACGAAGAUAAAUAAGACUUAAACACCUGAGAUGCCGAAAUAUUGUUCUGUACCAAACUGUAAGAAUGAAAACGACAAGAAGAGCUUCUACAAGUUCCCUCUCCAGGACCCGGUCCGGCUGCAGCGCUGGCUGAGGAACAUGGGACGUGAGAGCUGGACUCCCUCUCGACACCAGUAUAUUUGCCACGAACAUUUUGCGCCGUCGUGCUUCAAGGUGCGCUGGGGGAUCCGUUACCUUGAGAGCGACGCCGUGCCAACAGUCUUCCAGGAGGCCGAGAAACGGAAAGCCGCGGAUCACAGCGAGAAGAAGCCAAAGCGGUUUCGAGCUCACAGUAAUCAAAGCAUAGCGGUGUCAGAUGACAGGACGGCGGCUGUUGACGCCGUAGAGAUGGAGAGCACGUUGCACACGGUACACCUGUACGAGAUCACCGUUGACUCGUCACAGCAGGCAGAAACCAGCCUGGUGGAGUCGGGGGAUGUUGGGGAAUCUGACUGCUCCCUCCAGACAGACCUGAACCCGCUGGCAUCGGUAAAUGCAGUCGAAACGGGGCCAAAUUUCCCUUUAACUUUACUCCAGACAGUUAAUGAUCUGAGUAACGGUGGAGAGGUGGUAGUGAUGUCUGAAUGUCCCGCUGGUGAAGGUCAAGACGAGCUCCUGAAUGGAAUCACUGCUGCCAUUUUAUCUCAGGGCCACGGGCUGCUCAUGAAUGACUCCACGCCGGGCUGCACACAUGAGACUGUGGCCUCCCUCGGCGUUGAAGAAGUGACGUGCACCACAGAGGAGUUCUCAGACGUCCACGGAGGCCGUGAGACUCAAGUCAUCGCCUACUUCGAGACGAUACCAAACGUUCUCCCCAUCAAAACCCCCGCACGGUUCAACUUCACCCCGGAUACGGUGCUGUCGUCCGCUCUGAGCUCCAAGCCCAUCACAUCUACUCUGCCUAUAGUGUCCAAACACACGCCGGCCUCCCCCACGUCCCUGGUCCUCACCGUGGAGAGGCUGGACACAGAUGAGGGAGAAGGAGACGACGGCAGAUCAGAGGAGGAAGAUAUAGAGCGGCAGGAUCACCAGCUGGAGGAGCACUGCUACCAUAAGAACAGUCUGAGUAAGGAGCAGCUGGAGGCGGUUGUGGCCGAGCUGCAGAAGAAGGUGAAAGUGCUGCAGCAGCGACACCGCCGACACCUGGAGAAGAUGCUGGGCCUGGAGAACAACGUCAACCAGCUGAGGCAAAACAACCUGCUCAACGAAGAGCGACUGCAGCUGCUCGAGAGGGCGUACAUCCAGACCAGUGUAGAUGUUGGCGGGACUGUGGCCAUCAUCUAUGAGGAGGACGAUGCUGCGUACUUGUAUACUCCACUAAUGAACACAGACGAAAAGCUGUGAGACCGACUGUCCCAUCUGUGUGUCCGUCUGCUGCCCGCUGUGCCAAAAAAAGUGAUGUGAUGUUGAAAACAAACUACCUACUUUAUGAGAUGUGUGUGUGAGACGUGGCAGCGUGUUGUUGAAUCUGCUGUGAGCUUUGCACAAAUAUGGAUGAGUAAUACAAGACAAUGUUGAAUGUGGUUUUUUUUAAGGUUUCCACCCUCUAACCUUCCUCCUUCCUCAAACCACUUUUUGUUUUUGACUUAUAAGUUUGUGAUAAUGUACAUAUCAAAUUAAAAAUAACUUCCAUUCAGG